GACUCAUGCUGCCAAGAAAGCAAUCUGCAUGAUCGGCUACUCAACAGACAUUGCGCCGCUGUCGGUGGUCAAACUAAGGCAUGCCUACGAAAAUCGGCGGUGAAGAUGGACGACAGGGCAAGAGUGGGAGGCCCAUCGUGCCAGAAUGUAUUAAAGCAUAAGAUGCUCGACAAGAGGUCAGCACUACUGAAAUUGGGUCGCAACACUGCUUUCACGAUCUGCAGAGAGCUCUCCGUGCUUUACAACGUUUUCUUCUCAUUACUGAAACUUUUGAAAAUUGGGGUUGUCAGCCAUCAUGCGACUUUCAAACUUAACAGCUACAGCUCUAGUAGCUGCUGUGAGUGCGGCACCAACCACGCCUCUACCCUAUAUCCGUCGAGCGACUACAGCGAGUGAACGACUUGGUCUGACAUGGCUAGGGGGCAACAGUAGCCUUCCAAAGAUCCUCAUCCUCUACACCGGUGGCACUAUUGCAUCAGGAUCAAUUUAUGGAGCACUGGAUGACACUCAGUAUGGACAGCUACAGAUUAAUGGAGAGCAAAUCAUCGCUCGCAAUCCUUACCUACUCAACAAUACGCAGCUCGCCGUUUCUAAUUGGACCACAGAGGAAGACGGCUCAACAGGCACCAACGACGCUUUAGUCAUGAACAUGACGCGCUUUGCUCAUGACGCCUUGUGUUCUGAAGACAGCGACAUCGUCGGAGCUGUAUAUACCCAUGGUACUAAUUCUCUUGAAGAGACGGCUUUCCUCAUGGACAGCCUUGUCAACUGCGGCAAGCCCAUCGUGGCUGCGGGUGCUAUGCGACCUUGGACGCACCUGUCUUUCGAUGGUGAUGCAAAUUUCUUCGACGCUGUCAUGUUGGCAGCAAGUCCAGAAGCACGCAAUAGAGGGCUCCUGGUUGCGUUCAACAGCCGAAUUAUUCCCGGAUACUGGGCGACAAAAUUGCACUCGACGAACCCUAAUGCCUUUGGUGCUACUGCGACUGGAGACUUGGGCCUUUUUCUGAAUAACCUCCCGAUAUUUUACAAUAGUGCAUCUCAACCGCUCUUCAAGCAUUACUUCGACAUCUCCAGCGUGUCGGCCUACCCUUCGUAUCCCGCUCUACCUAAAGUCGACAUCCUCUACGCGGCCCGUGAGUUCGAUGGCAAGCUCGUGCUCGACGCUCAAGCCAACGGUGCAAAAGGUGUGGUCAUCGCAGGUACAGGAAAUGGUGGCGUACCUACUGGUCAAGAAGAGAUCGCCGAAGCGCUUCAGAGUGGUCUUCAGGUUGUAGUUGGUACUCGCAGUCCAUUUGGACCGAGUAGUCCAAACAAGACCCCCACAUAUGCUAAGUCGGGCUUUGUACAUGUGAUACAGGCAAGAAUAAUGCUGCAGCUAGCCAUCGCGAGUGGCAUGAACAUGAAUCAGACAAUCGAUUUGUUCGAGGGUGGCCUGAGGAAGGCGAUGGGGCAGCCGUGGAGUCCAGGACUUUGAUACACAGUGAAUAGAUAGAUCAAUGAUAUUGACGAAUAGUUGUUCUGCAC